AUGAACGUAUUUUACAAAGAAAGUAUAGAUAAUUUAGCAGUAUUUCCCAUAGUCUAUGCAAAUGUUCGUCGUCUAACAUUGAGACUGCCGCUCGAUAAUUAUUUUUGGGCUUUUAUUCCAACAUUGGAUCAUUUGAUAGCGUUGGAAAUCAUUGAAAUGCGAGAAAAGAGUCAAUUGGAAUCUCAAAUGAAAGUUUUACUCAAUCGAGCGUCUCGUCUAAAAUAUUUAAGUUUUGAUGCAACGUCACUUUUGAAAUUGGUACAAUCGAAUAUAGCACAUCUCUCACUUAGUCAGAUUCAUUUAAAACACUAUCGUACGAGAAUCAAUCGCUAUAUGAAUGCUGAACAAUGUUCGAUAUUAGCUAAUUCAUUCAUUGGACGUGAAUGUGAAGUUCUUACGAUUCGUAUUGAUGAUCGAAACAUUAUUCUCGAUCUUGUCGAUAAGAUGUGCAAUCUUCGAGCAUUGCAUUGUGAAUGUCAAAAUGAUUUUUGGAUGACUAAGGCAUCACUAUCGCCGGACGAUGAACUCGUGAAAUGGUUGCGAAGCUCGUUGCCAGAAAACUACUCUAUUUCCCAGCAUCGGUCUCGUCUCCUGCAACUAUGGAUCAAUAGAUGUGCCGAUGAAAAGUUAUUUUUUGCUUUACUACAAGCCAUUCUUUUUCCUGAUCUUAAAAUAACUUUGUAUAUGCAUUUGUUUAUGCUAAGUCGUCUGAGUAAUUUCAUGUCAUAUAGUACUUUUAAACUCGUUACAAGCUUUUCUUUAAAGAUUACUCAUUGUGAUAAAUAUAAUGCUUUAUUUAAAUCGAAAAACACAGAAACGUAA